AAAUCAUYGGUUUACUGCUUGAGAAGCUCAGCAAAGCAGUUCUGUGUUCACUUUAGAAAUCCCUCAGACAMUUGUCUAACACAGAAGACAACAUGGAUAUUAGAAAUGUAAUUAAAUCCCAGGGAACUUUUUCAUGCCCRAGGGAUUUGUCAGAGAUUGGUGAUGACCUACUUCAUUUUAAUGGUGUGUUUGGUGUCACUUCUGGAAGAGCAGAGCAAUACUGCAGCAGACAGGAACCUUCCCACCCCACAUUUGUAACCACUUGUCACACAGGCAACUGCUGCCCUAACAUCCAAGACUCUGGAUCUCCUCAGUCUCUGACAGAUAUCCAGGAGUGUAAAAAGACUAGGCUGGACAGACCUCUAACCAUGAAUUCCCUGCUUGGUGAGCAGACAGAUACUUCCAUAGGAAAUCACACUGAUUUUGUAAAAGAUGAUUCUGAAAAUUCUGCUGCUCUUCUGAAGAUUUAUGCAGAGCAAGUUCCGAGUGUAAGUGAUGACUUUUCUGAUGAUGACCUGGAGUACUUUGAAUGCUCAGAUGUGCUUACAGCGUAUGAAGAUGAAAUCUGGAAAAAGAAAUUACAAUUUUUAUUAGAAAGUGAUGAUGAAGAUGAUCUAAAACUGAGUAAAGAUUGUGAUGGGUGUGCUUACUUCCUCAGUGAAAUGCCUURUGUGUUCCAAGUGUCAGAUAACACUACGCCUAUGGAUACCCCCAUUGGCUUCUGCGAGCAUCAGUCAAAAAUCAAAGGAGUAAACGUAAGGAGAGACCCCUCUAUGUACAGCCAGUCAGCUCUGCAGACAGAGAUGACUCUCACUGUUGGACACCACCGAGAUAAAAGUACCAUUUUGGAAGACAAAGAGAAGAAUCAAGUGCCUGUUUCUUCUGCAGCCAUUGGAAAUGAACAUCCCAGAAGUGAAGAAGAGACUGAUGAAAGUGGCCACCCGGCUGGAGGUGCCUCAAUGGACAAACCAAAGCCCAUGGACAUUGUCCCUGCCCAGGUAGACUCCUCUGCCAGUGGCAUAAGUGCUGCUUGCACAGAUCAGGCUGCGGGGACAAUGACAGAAACCAGCACGGACGGGGACGUGCUAGGGAAAAGCUCACUGCUGCUGGAGGAGGGGAGAAGGAAUGUGCCAGAGGAAAAUGCACGGCAUGCUGUCUGUACCUUAACAGAAAGUCUGAGGAGGAACCUUUUCAAGCUGUUAAACCCUAUAGAACUUUGCAGAUAUGUAAGUACUAUAGGACAGUCUUUGCAGGCUGCAGCCGAGGGUAAGGAAUCCAGAGCUCUGUCUCCCAGUCAGGAAGGUGUCCUUUCAGCACACAUUCCCGAGGAGACAGAAAGCUUGCSAAUGCAGGCUGGUCUGUGUGCAAUAGAAGAGGCAGAUAAAGACUGGCACUGGGAAGGGAAAAGAASUCGGGGCCUGUCUGAGCAAAACCAGAUGCUAGAUGAGAACAUCUCACUUGAGAACCAAGAUGUUAAUCUUGAGAGUGUUACCCAAAAUUGUGAGAACCUGUGUAUGGAGCCCAGAAGAGAAAAGGAAAGCAUCUUCAGGGYGUGUGAGAGUGCAGGAACCAUCCAGCUAACUGCAGAAAUGUUCUCUGCUGGGAACACACAGCAAGUAAAGAAUGCAGAUUUGCAGACCUCUGCUCAACACUGUGCUCUUUGUGGAAAGAGAGAAGGUUGUCACCAACAGGUCUUCUCUGGACAUGAAAUUAUUAGUAAUGAUGAAAAAUCAAAGAAUGACAUUUCCCCUUUUCCUUUAUGGGAUAUGGACUCUGUUCCUGAUAAACAGGAAUGCUUGUGUGCUGUUCUUUCUUCUGCAAAGCUGUGUGAUGAGCCCGGGGAGGGAGAGCAAAGGUCUGGGCUUGACAUCCAYGAUAGCAGUAACCCAGAUAUUCUCUGCAGCCUAUCAACUGAUGAGGCUGUGUCUGAAGCUAAUCCCAAAUCAGCCCUGGAAUCUGGAGAGGCUGGCUGCAAAGGAGAUGCUGAUAUAUCUGCAGUGCAUGACAAGCUGUGGAAACUUCUUCAUGAAGAUGACUCAGACUAUCAAGUCCCAUUUGAAAACAGAGGCAUCACAAGUUUAGAAAUGAGGCUGACAGAUAUCAAAGUCACAGAACUAAACAUUGUGCAGGAGACCUGUUCUGAUCAUCCUUUGCCAAUGGAUUUGAUAGAAGAGCAGGAAUCCAUCACAGAACCAGCKCAUAACCCCAGAACUGAGAAAGCUGACUGCAGUGUUUCUGAUAUCCUCCUGCAGAGAGYUGGAGCAUGUGAGAGUACAUCCAUAGGAAACAUUUGUCUUGCACAAGUGGUAGGGACAGAUGGUGUGUGUCUAGAUUCUAGUGCUGUGAAUGAAAGGGAAAUGCCAACCAUUUGUUUUUCAGCGAACAGUGUCCUUUUAAGUACCCAGGAGUGCUUGGAGCCAAAUCCAAUGUCCGUGGACAGGAAUGGAGUCACUGUGGCUUGGGAAGGGAAGCUUGCUGUUAGUAACGCUUCACAAAUGAGUGAAGCAGAUUCUCCGCAAAGGUUACAGAAUGCUCAGUGUGGUAAUUUAGGAUGUCCCAAAGCAAACCCAGAUUACAUGUCAGAUAUGUCACAUGGGACAGCUGGAGAGUUACUUCACACUGAAUACCCCAUAUCCCUGAUAAAUGAGUCUGUACCUGGAGAAGGCUGUCAUUUUAAGGACUGUUAUCCAGUGAGAGAAGAACUGAUUUAUUUCCCUGAAGGGACAGACAUUUUCCCCAGUGAAAAUACCAGUCAGUUUACACAUGCAGAACACUCUUCUGAUAACAUCAUACAUAAAAGUUAUGAAGUGAAUUUACAAGAAAAAGGAAUUCACUCAGACUUGAGUGCACCAAAUGACACUAAUUCUGACAGCUACCAUCUUUCAAAAGAUAAUGGCUGUCAGGAUUUUCAWGUURUUUCUAAUGCACAGAAAAACAGUURUAUAAUACAAUCGCCUACUUUAAUUAAGAUUCACGAAACCACAACACAUAAAAAUCUAGCCCAAAAUACAGACCAAGUGACAGAAACAGCAAAACAAGAAGGGGCAGUCCCUCCCCCUUCUGGGGAGCCAUUUUUAAGGGAUUUUUAUCUAGAAGUGCCCAGYUGUGAACCAUGUAAAGCAGGAGAACAGAGAGAGAUUUGCAUAGCUGAUGAACACGGGGCUGAAAAUUCCCAUGACUCAGGAGUUAGUCAGCUUUCRGAAAGUCAGACUGCAGCUUCCCCUCAUAAUACCGCAGAACAACAUUUAUUUUUCRUUGACAGCACCUUCAAGUCUGAUGAGGAGUUAAAAAUAGAUUCUUUGAAAAAUCCCACGUAUGCAUCUGGAAGUGUAACAUCAGCCAGUGCCCCACAGCCCAGGGAGGCUCCAAGUGAGCAGCACAGAACAGCAGUUGGGGAGGAUCGAGGUGCUGGGGAUCAGCUACAUUCCCAACAACUGCCUGGAAACAAAACCCUGCCCUUCCUCACACCACACAGCCACUCAGAGGGCCUUCCCAGUGAAUCUGCAGUGAUGUGUCCUGGCACAAGAAGUGAGRGAAAAACUGGAUCCCUACAAACUGGAGUAAAAGAAAACGGAAAUUUAACUACACGGGAAACUUCCUGCAAAGCAUUGCARGGGCUGUUCCAGAUGGUACCUGGAGAAACCAAAGGGGAAGCAGCCUYGUGUGAAAAUGAGCAUGAGAUUCCAAGAGCCAUUGAAUAUAACACAGAUGAAGCUGAAACAAAGACUCCUUUGCACAGUUUAACUGCCUCCCAGGCUCUGAAACACAUUAUGAAUAUUAGCACAGAGCAGUCCUCUCCUGACUUGAUCCCUUCCAGCAAGAUAACUGAGGCUGAGAAUUCAAUUAAGUGCACUGAGGAUGAUAAAGAAGAGAAAGUCAGGACAGCAAAGAGUGUAGUAAAUUGUUUUGCUAAUUUACUACCAGUUGAUUCAAGGAACAGCCAGUGUUUUCAAGAGCAACCAUCCUGCAGGAGAACUCAGUCAUUCUCAUUGGCAUGGACCUCACAUGAUCCAUUCCCAGUCAACAGAGAAAGUCAAACAAAUCAGGACAGGUCAAAAUCCUGCCAGAUACCACUGGCUACUGCAGAGCCUGAGCCCAUCAAAUGUAAAGAGGACAUAGCAAAGAAYGGGCAUUUAGCUGCUGGAGCUAAGAAGAAAUUACCACCAGCAACUCUGUCCAAAAAACCCAGACUGGAGGAGAGGGGAGGUGUCAGCAAGGAUCCUAGCUGUGUUAAAAAAUCUGGGAAGAGCGAGACGGGYGUGAUUCAUAAAGAGGAUAGAAAAGAGCAAAGGAGACUCAUUUUGAAAAAGGAUAGCAAAGCUCCCAGGCUGCUGAAGAAGAUCCAAGCAGAGUUGUUCCCAGACUGCUCYGGAACUAUUAAGCUGUGCUGUCAGUUUGGUGACAUUCAUGGUGAUUCCACUGUUACAUGGACUAAAGAUUCCAGARUCCUGGCUCAGCUGCAGAGAAGUGCCCAGGAUGACUCUCCCGUCUCUCUGGCAAUAGCUAAAGCCAGUUCCAACGACCAGGGAAUGUAUUAUUGCUGCUUGAAUAACAUGUAUGGCAAGGUGACUGCUGAGUUUCAUCUGACUGCUGCAGUAUUGGAACGUCUCUCAAGUUUUCAGAGUUAUGAAGGUGUGGAAGAAAUCGAAUUCAUGCAGCUGAUGUUCAGAGAAGAUCCCCUCAGCUCCAGCUACUUUGGUGGGACACUGCAUGGAGCAAUAACAACCGAGGAGCUGCACUUUGGUGAGGGGAUGCACCGCAGAGCCUUCCGCAGCCGCGUCCUGCAGGGCUUGGCRCCUGCCUUCGCCCCGGGGCACCCCUGUGUGCUCAAGGUGCACAAUGCCCUCACCUACAGCACCAAGAGCAGGGACGAGCUGCUGCAGAAGAACUACAGUCUGGCACUGCAGGAAUGCUACGUCCAAAAUACUGCAAGAGAGUAUGCAAAGUUGUAUGCAGCUGAAGCUGAACCCUUGGAAGGCUUUGGAGAAGUACCAGAAAUCAUUCCGAUUUUUCUUAUUCAUCGCCCUGCUAAUAACAUCCCCUAUGCUACAGUGGAGGAGGAGCUGGUUGGGGAGUUUGUGAAAUACUCUGUCAAGGACGGCAAGGAAGUGAAUUUCCUGAGAAGAGACUCAGAGGCUGGCCAGAAGUGUUGCACCUUCCAGCACUGGGUGUAUGAGAAGACCAAUGGGAACUUGCUUGUCACUGACCUGCAAGGUGUAGGGAUGAAGUUAACGGAUGUKGGCAUAGCAACCCUGGCCAAAGGAUACAAGGGGUUUAAAGGCAACUGCUCCUUUUCCUUCAUUGAGCAGUUCAGAGCCCUCCACCAAUGCAAUGAGUACUGUGAGAUGCUGGGGCUGAAAUCUCUCCGAACCACUCAUCAAAAACAGAGGAAAGCAACAUCCACAAAAAGCAAAAAUCUGCCAAGCUCAUCAACAGUAAAGAAAAUGAUGCCCAAGAAGGCAAGAGAACCUAGAGACUUCAUUUCUUCAGAGCACUGAGUUGCACUGUCCCACCUUGUGACCUGCUCUUGAGGACAUGGAGCAGUGACCGGCACCAGUGACCUGGGGAAUAACUUUGGUCUUUUGGUCUUGUGAUGUUUUGGAAUCAUCCUGAUGCUGACGCCAGCAACAAAGGAAGGAGCUGAUCCUGUGCUGUUGGUGCCUGAGAUUUAACACUGGGGCAAGGUUCUGGA